AUGUGGGCCCAUGGGCCCUUGUCAUCACAGGCUCAUGUUGUUGGGCAGUUUGAGACAAUUACUGGGCAAUAUCUUGAAGGUCCUCUAAUUCACAACCAUAACAGUCGUUAUGAUCCAUUACGUCAAGUUGUGGGAUGGCCGCCUAUAAGGGCUUAUAGGAUGAACAGUUUGGCUAACCAGGCAAAGAUUCUGACCUCUGAAGAAGAUGAGACAUGCGAUGAUGAUAAAUUGAAGGAUACUUCAAAGAAAAAAGUGUACAAUGGUAGCAAUAAAAACAAUACUGCUUCUAUGGAAAAAGGACAUCUUGGGUUUGUUAAGGUUAACAUGGAUGGAUUGCCAAUAGGGAGGAAAGUGGAUCUAAAUGCUCACGCUUGCUAUGAGACUUUAGCCCAAGCACUGGAGGACAUGUUUGUUAAUCCAACCACGGGCAUCACUUCCAUUCACAAUGAGCAAGCAAAAAUGGCCUACAACCUUUUAAAUGGAUCAUCCGAAUUUGUGCUCACUUAUGAAGAUAAGGAGGCGGACUGGAUGCUCGUAGAAGAUGUUCCUUGGGAGUAUGCACCUUUCAUUUCAUUCUAA